UCAUUCACAGCACUCAGCCAUAAGUGACACUGGGAGGGGAAGCAGUACAAACUGUAAGCUGCUGGGGGAUCCAUCUUGCCUGAAAAAACAGACCAGGGUGAAGGAUUUUUCAGUUUAUUGACUCAAAAACUGCAUCGUUCCCCAUUAGACGUGUUGGGGAGCCCGAGGAGGGGGCUGUGUCGCUGUUUGUAGGAUGUCCCGACAUGAGGGUGUGAGCUGCGAUGCGUGUUUAAAGGGCAACUUUAGAGGAAGACGGUUCAAGUGUUUAAUUUGCUACGACUACGACCUGUGCGCGUCGUGCUACGAGAGCGGAGCCACGACAACAAGGCACACCACAGAGCACCCCAUGCAGUGUAUAUUAACCAGGGUAGACUAUGAUUUGUACUAUGGAGGAGACACUUUUUCAGUAGAGCAGCCACAGUCAUUCACAUGUCCUUACUGUGGCAAGAUGGGCUUCACGGAGACAUCCCUACAGGAGCAUGUCACCUCGGAGCAUUCAGAGACUUCCACGGAGGUGAUCUGUCCAAUAUGCGCUGCCUUGCCCGGAGGGGAUCCCAACCAUGUGACAGAUGACUUCACAGCUCACCUCACUCUCGAACACAGAGCACCAAGAGAUUUAGAUGAGUCCAGCAGUGUGCGGCAUGUACGCAGGAUGUUCCACCCCGGGCGAGGACUGGGCGGCCCCAGAGCACGACGGACAAAUAUGCACUUUACUAGCGGCUCCACAGGGGGACUUUCAUCCUCCUCAUCACAGAGCUCCACUUACACCCCCAGUAACAGAGAGGCAAUGGACCCAAUCGCAGAGUUGUUGUCUCAGCUGUCAGGUGUGCGGCGUGCUGCAGGAGGGCAAAUAAACUCGUCGGGACCUUCAGCCUCUCAGCUCCAGCAGCUCCAGAUGCAGCUGCAGUUGGAGCGGCAGCAAGCUCAGGCGGCACGACAGCAAGUUGAGACGAGCCGGCACGCGACGCGACGCGGCAACAACCCGGGCAACACCGGCACCGCCGUCCCCCAGCCCAGCACAGCAACUGCCAACACCACCACUGUGGGUGAAAGCAAUCCUGCAUCCUCGUCCCACAGCUCCCAGUUCCUAUUAGCACGGUUGAAUGAACCCAAGAUGUCCGAAGCAGAGCGGCAGUUCCUAGAAGGCGAGCGAGCGGACCGCAGCCUGUUUGUCCAGGAGCUGCUUUUGUCCACGCUGAUGCACGAAGAGAGCUCCUCUUCAGAUGAGGAUGACCGCCGAGACUUCGGCGACUUCGGAGCGAUGGGCUGCGUGGAUAUCAUGCCUUUAGAUGUGGCGUUGGAGAACCUCCAGCUUAAAGAGAGCAGCUCUACGGGGAAGGAGCCUCCGCCGCCGCCUCUUUGAUGUCCGAGCAUCAAGCAGACUGUGUCCUCCGUGCUGCAACUGUCAGUGAUGGGCAGCAAACAGCAGCAGCAGCAGUCCCCCAUACCCCAGCCUACCCCACCCCCAGCCUCACCCUUUCUCCCUGCCCCCUGAUUUUCUGAGUUUGUUUUUGGUGAUUGUAAUUUCAGGCCUGUCACCACAUUUGUUAUAUUGUAAACAAAAAUAAAUGAGAGCAAGUGGGAUAAAUGUGUGAGUGCGCGACGCGAGCAAGUGAGCGAGAGAAGAGAACUAUAUAAAUCUAUAUAAAAUAUAUAUGAAGUCGAUAAUCAAUCCACAUUACUUUUCUUUUAUCAGGUAAAUGUUACAGGCAGCUGUGGCAGACCUUUGCUUCCUGUGACAUGCAAACGGCUCUCCGUAUAAAUACUCCACAUUCAAAAAGUGAAGAGGGCACAGGCUCCUCUGAUGAAGCUGCUGUGUGUGUUUAUGACUAUUAAUAAAUAAAGUGCUUGGAUGGGUUACCAUUAACUACCGCAUGCAGUUAUUUGCAGCGUGCAUGACUUAAUGACCCUGUCAUUAAAACCUUUUCAAAAUCCCAAAGCUCACAAUUGUUAAAUGAUCAUUUCUAGGGAUGCACUGAUCGUUUUGUUGUUUAGUUUGUUUUUGCUUUCGUGCUACAUAAAAUAGGAACUCUCCAGUUUGAAAUGCAUAAUGUCACAUGACAGGCGAACAAAGGUCACUGCUGUCUUAUUUAGAGAUAGUAGUCCAGAUACGUCGGUGCAUCCCUGGUUAUUUCAGACGUGGUUAAGUAUUGAAAGUGUAGAAGUUUGACAAAGACGGUGAAAUCUGAAAGUGUAUUUCGUCAGGUUUUCUUUGAAGUAUUUAAAAAGGAGAAACUAUUCGAUUCUGCUGCAGUGUGUUUCUCAGCCCCGCUCUCGCCUUUUUUGGUGCAUCAGAGGGAAACUAGAGACGGAAGAAAGAAGCUCCUCUCUGAUUUUGCUUUUUUUUUUCCUAGCUGGUAUUGUUCAGCUAUAAACUAAAGUCACAGUAUACUUCUGAAUUUAUCGAUGAGU